GAACCCUUCCUCCCGCGGUGAAGACUGAAUCACACUCUGGAGGCGACCAGUCGACCCUCCUGUGCUAGACUGAAUCCGCCGGGAGGGACCGGGGCCAAGAGCGUUUCAGGCACCUCUCGAAUGCCUUUUGAGGCUGGGAGGCCUAGGCAGCCGUUUCAGACGUGCUUCAGCAGACACGCAUUUUAUUUUUGCUGUUUCUUUGUUUGAAUGGAUUCUGCUUCUCUUGGGGAACCCUGCCUUGACAUUUCAGGACAGGGCUGGGGAAACUUUGGCCCUUUGGAUGUGGUCGGACUCCAAUUCCUGUGACGGGGGGGUGUCCUCCGGCAACACUUGGAGGGCCAAAAGUCCCCCAGCCCUGGUUUACGAGGAGGCGGACUUGGUAGUACCCUCAAUUUGGACAGUGUUUGGCAGAAGAGGGAGGAGUCUCUUGGACUCUGUCAAAGGCUUUCUUGGAGCACAGAAAUCAAAGAUGGAAGACUCAACUUGCCCAGAAGCAGAAAGAGGUCCAUAUAUCAUCCAUGGUGGGAGCCCUGAGGAAUUCUGGGAAAGGACAGCACAGAGGUUCUUGCGUAAAGAGGACACUCUUAGCUCAGAUGUGAAGCGCCAGCAUUUCAGGCAGUUCUGCUACCAGGAGGCCAAAGGACCCCGAGAUGUUUGCAGCCAACUCCACAAUCUGUGCUGUCAGUGGCUGAAGCCAGAGCAACACACAAAGAAUGAGAUCCUGGACCUGGUGAUCCUGGAGCAGUUCUUAGCUGUCCUUCCACCAGAGAUGGAGAACUGGGUGAGGGAAUGUGGAGUGGAGACCACUUCCCAGGCGGUGGCCCUGGCCGAAGGUUUCCUCCUGAGCUGGGCAGAGGAUGAGAAGCAGGCAGAGCAGCAGAUCAAGGGUCUGUUUGCAGAAGAGGCCACUGGUUUCCUGGAGUCGAAGGCGCCGUCAGGGGCCAGAGAAUGUUCUCUGCAAAGGGGGAACGUUCAGGAGAGUGACAGACACGCUAGUUCACUUGGUGACGGGACUCUGCUGUCAAGGCCUCCUCGGUCACCUCUUCUUUGUGGUGGAGAAGAAGCAGCUGCUGUGGAAGCGGAUCAGGGUCCCGUGUCCUUUGAGGAGGUGGCUGUGUGUUUCACGGAGGAGGAGUGGGCUCUGCUGGAUGCUGACCAGAGGGCUCUGCACAGGGAAGUCAUGGAGGAGAAUGGUCGACUUGUCACCUCUUUCGGUUGUGAAAGCAAAAUCGAGAAUCAGGGAGAACUACGCGGGGAGUUUCCAGAAAGAGACUCAUGUAUAAAGGGGGAGCAGCAGAGAAUGAAAACUGAAACUAAACCCACAUCUUCUCAGAGCAGUAUCUACCAUCAAACUGCAAUUCAAGAAAGAAUAGAAUAUAGAACAGAAGAAAGUACAUGCCGUGUGUGUUGGUUAGGUUUCCAUCCUAAAUCAACACUUAAAACUCAAUGGAAAAAGCAAACAGGGGAGAAAUCAUAUGAAUGCUUUGAAUGUGUAAAGAGAUUUCAUCGGCAGAUAAAUGUCACUGUUCAUCAAGGAAUUCAGACAGGGGAGAAACCAUUUAAAUGCCUGGAGUGUGAAAAGAGCUUCUUGCAUAAGAGAAGUCUCACAAUGCACCAAAGAAUUCACACAGGGGAGAAACCAUUUAAAUGUUUGGAAUGUGGAAAGAGCUUCACGCAGAAGAUAAGUCUCACUCGGCAUCACAGAAUACACACCGGGGAGAAACCAUUUAAAUGCUUGGAGUGUGGAAAGAGCUUCAGGCAUCAGGUAAGUCUCACUCCUCAUCAAAGAAUUCACACAGGGGAGAAACCAUUUAAAUGCUUGGAGUGUGGAAGGAGUUUCUGUCAGAAGACAAAUCUCACAUCUCAUCAAAUAAUUCAUACAGGGGAGAAGCCACAUACAUGCUUGGUGUGCGGAAAGAGCUUCUUUCGGAAGAAAGACCUCACUGCUCAUCAAUGUAUUCACACAGGGGAGAAGCCGCAUAGAUGCUUAGAGUGUGGAAAGAGUUUCUGUCAGAAGACAAAACUCGCUUCUCAUCAAAGAAUUCACACAGGGGAGAAACCAUAUAAAUGUUUGGAAUGUGGAAAGAGCUUCACGCAGAAGACAAGUCUCAAUGGGCAUCAAAGAAUUCACACAGGAGAGAAACCUUUUACAUGUUUGGAGUGUGGAAAGAGGUUCAUACAUAAGAUAAGUCUUACUCAGCAUCAAAGAAUUCACACAGGGGAGAAACCUUUCAAAUGCUUGGAGUGCGGAAAGGGUUUAAUGCAUAAGCUAAGUCUCACUUGGCAUCAAAGAAUUCACACAGGGGAGAAACCUCAUAGUUGCUUGGAGUGUGGAAAGAGUUUUUGUCACAAGAAAAGUCUAGCUUCUCAUCAAAGAAUUCACACAGGGGAUAAAUUAUGUAAAUGCCUGGAAUGUGGAAAGAGCUUCAAGCAAAAGAUAAGCCUUACUCGGCAUCAAGUAAUUCACACAGGGGAGAAACCUUUUACAUGUUUGAAGUGUGGAAAGAGCUACUUACAUAAGAUAAGUCUCACUCAGCAUCAAAGAAUUCACACAGGGGAGAAACCAUUUAAGUGCUUGGAAUGCGGAAAGAGCUUCAUGUAUAAGAUAAGUCUCACUUGGCAUCAAGGAAUUCACACAGGGGAGAAACCAUUUACAUGCUUGGAGUGUGGAAAGAGCUUCAUACAUAAGAUAAGUCUCACUCAGCAUCAAAGAAUUCACAUGGGAGAAACCAUUUAAAUGCUUGGAGCGUGGAAAGAGCUUCAUGCAUAAGAUAAGUGUGAAAAGCGCUUCUGUCGGAAGACAAGUCUCAUCAAAGAAUUCAUACAGGGGAGAAACCAUAAAAAUGCUGGGAAUUUGGAAGGAAUUCUUGGAAGAUGGGUCUUACUACUCAUCAAAGAAUUCACACAGGAGAAACUGCAUAAAUGCUUGGAGUGAGGAUAGAGCUUUUGUCAGAAGAAAGAGCUGUCGAAAGCUGAGUCUUGCUGCUCAUCAAAGAAAUCACACAAGGGUGAAACCAUAUAAAUACUUGAAGUGUGAAAAUAGCUUCUGUAAUGACAGUCAUCGGAAUGACCUUCUCAUUUAUGGCUCCCUGUCUGUGGAAUGCUCCCCCCAGUGAUUUCCACCUGGCACCUUCAUUGACAUUUUUUUCUGAGCCAUGCAAAAACUUAACUUUUCCCCCAGGCCUUUGAUGGACUGAGCUGAAAAAGUGUUAACAUAUUUAUCUUUAUGUUUGUAAAUGUAAGCCAUUUGGAGGUCUUUUAGGUAACAAGUGACUAGUAAGUUUCAUUCUCAUCAAGGAAUUCCCACAGGAGAAAAAACUAUGUAAGCGGUUGGAAUGAGGAAUAUGAAUCUGACAUAGUUUAAUUCCUCUUCCAGAUUGGAGCUAAGCUAGUGAGGGAUGUGACCUGAAGGGAUGGAGUAUGGCCCGGGUUGCAUUCCAAGGGCCGGACUGUCAGGCCUGGGGGCCACAUUCAGAUCUGAAGCCUGAGGUCCCCCAGCCCUGCUAUAAGAAAUGGAGAGGAAGGGAAACCACCUACCCCCCACACCACACACUCAGCCCACACCCAGACGUAUACUCUUGGCUUUUCCGUGGUGUUUGGCUAAAAGCUGAAUGCAAUAGAAUUAAAAUUGUUCCUCUGGAAUUUGCAAGAUUUUGAUUCUGUAUCCCAUGAAGAGCACCAUCAAAUUAAUGCAUACAUUGAUGUCUUUGGAUCUAUGUUUUUGUGCCGUGGUGGUGCUCUCAAGGUCUGGAUUGGUGAUUGUUUUUGUGCAGUCAACACACAUGAAAAGUAGUUUUAAUUUGAUGGUUGUAUUUACUCUUCCUUUUUUUUUUUAAGGGAAGGGGUGGUACUGAGCUGAAAUCUGUGUGUCUGAGGAAGGUGAUCACCCCAGAAGCUGUGGAGCAUGUUGAAACAAAAAGACUAGGCCUCAAACUCUGAUCAAGUAAAAGUACAUGCUGAUGGGUUUGGGAGGGGCUGCAAAAAGAGUAAGGAUGUUUUGAGAAAUGUAACUCCUAACUGUAGUCAGCUGAGAAACAUCUCCCUCUCCUUAAGGCUGUAUUUUUCCACGUGGCUGACUUAGGAAGAAGUAGUAUCUCUGUGUAUCUUUGAGCUAGUUUUUAAUUAUCAACUGAAGUCUGCUAGGGGGUAGAGAGAUUCUUGAACUGUCAGGGGAAACUCUGUCAAGUUGUGUCAUUUCUCCUUGCAAUUGCAUGUAACAAAGGAGUCUCUGACAGACUUUAACUAAACGCAGAGUGAAGCCUUGUUUCUUUCACAAGCGAAAUGGAAGAAAAACUUUGACCAAGAACCUCAUGGCUGAAGUAGGCCUGAAUUUCUGUCUUUAGGGCAGAUUUUUUCCCCCUCUCUGGCAUGUGUUAGAAGCAGAAAUACUGAGAAGGCCUUAGUUGAGCUAAGACAAUGCCCCAGUGGAAGACGGGACAAGAACUGUUGCUCCAUGUGGUUAGCAGUGCUCUUUUGUUAUGUUCUUUCAAGUCAAUUUCAACAUGGCGACCCUGUGAAUCAGCGAUCUCUAAGAGCAUCUCUCAUGAACCACCCUGUUCAGAUCUUGUAAGUUCAGGUCUGUGGCUUCCUUUAUGGAAUCCAUCCAUCUCUUGUUUGGUCUUCCUCUUUUUCUACUCCUUUCUGUUUUUCCCAGCAUUAUCGUCUUUUCUAGUGAAUCAUGUCUUCUCAUUAUGUGUCCAAGGUAUGAUAACCUCAGUUUCAUCGUUUUAGCUUGUAGUGGUAGUUUGGGUUAAAUUUGUUCUAACACCCAGUUAUUUCUGCCUAAUUUUCAGUAAAUCAUUUGGGGAUGUCUUCCCUGAGAACAUCUGAUAGACUUGCAGAUAACCAGGUCUGGCUAAGAAGCAAAUAAUAUUCUGCAUUCCGUAUCCCCACAUCUAGGACGGAUGUCCCUAGAAGCCAAUCAGCAUGAAAGGGGAGUGUGUUAGCUACUGAGAAGUGUCUUCUCAGCGGCUGGUUCACCUCCUUUCACUCUGAUUGGCUCCAAUCAGCUGGAAAAGUCAAGGACGCCAGUUAGAAGACUCUUCUCAGGGGCUAACACACACCCCUUUCAUGCUGAUUGGCACGUAGGACACUGGAGACAUAGGGACCUGGCUGGGUCCUGCUCCCAAAAAGGUAAGAGGGUCCAAGAUGACUACACUCCUGCUGUUCUCACGGUCCUUGCCCAGUGCGUGCAGGCGAGCGAGUGGCAGUCAGCUUCACUGUAUGUUUUGUACUGAUUGUAACAGUGUUUUAUGUUGGAUUGCGUGGAUAUUGUAGCCCAUUGAUUUGAUAAUUGAUGCCAGGUGCUGGGGGAAGCUUUGGCCCUUUAGCGGCUGUUGGACUCCAGCAGGAGUGGAGUGGCAAAUUCAGAAGUGCAGGGUCCCUUCAUGAUAGUCACACCACGCCCCAUCACAGCCAUGCCCCCUUUCCCGUGUCUCCCUUCGUGCACUACAACACACGUGCCUAGGAGCCAAUCAUCAUGAAAGAGGAGGCCUUGGUGUACUGAUUAACAUAUCUAAAGACUUGGUCAAGCAGCAGAUGUAUUGUCACUGGAACAAAUGGCCAGUGAUACCUCCCCCCUCACCUGGCUGGAGGUUCCCUCUUCUGGGAGCCCUGUGUGUUUUUAGCGUGUUGAUGGGAAGCUGGGAACAGAGGUUGCCCUGCUCUGUGAGUUCAACCCCCAAACUAUGGCUUUGGGACUUCCCUAGAAACCUAAUGGGGGACCAAGAUCUGUUGGGGUGUUAAUGCUGUGAACUCCUCCAAGUUAUGCUCAGGUUGAAUAUAUGUGUAAAUAAAACCAUAUAUCUUGUCUGUAUCUAUAUAAAAGAUAGUUGUAAGCUACUCUGGGAGCUUUUCCUCCCGUCCAAAGGAUAGUAUAAAAAUGCCAUAAGCAAACGGAUUGCCUAUAUAACACCUUGAUAUUUUGUAUCAUUUGGCAGUUCAUCAGUAUUCAAACAAAUAAAUGAAGCAGUAGUAAAAGGAAUGCCUGAUAAUAGAAAUGUAUUAACAGUUCAUAAAAAACCCCACAGCUAACCCUUAAUAAAUCAGCACCAAAAGCUUUGGCAGCCGCAAAUCAUCAAUAACUGCCAAUGCAAAUGUAGGGUUCAAAUUUAAGCGCCCCCCCCUAAAUAGGGGUGCAAGCUUGGUAAUUUAAUUUACCUGUUUCAGUGGUUCAGCCAGAUACCAAUAAACAUAAAAUAAACAUAAAAUAGACACACACAAUUACUGCUUGAUCAAGAAGCGAUCUCUAACCAUACAGGCAACAGUCUGUCAGGAGAGAGAACCACGUUUAUUGAUUGCAGGUUCAUUAAAUAGGGUUCAUAAGCAAAACAAGGUAUUGUUGCAAAAUCAUAACAAAAGGGAAUACAAUAUUACAUAGAUAAAGCAAGCGCAUCUUCAUAUUGUUACAUUACUCAUAAUUCUAAAAGGCGAGGUGAUGAUAAGGAAUUCAUACACUUGUCAAUCUAAGAAACUUAAUGUGAGAUAAGAACUGAGGAAAAGCGAGUAUUAGAGUUACUUUGACACUUGGUGAAAGAUAAACAUGGGGCUAGUAAAAGUUAUUUACUCAGCUGUGUGACGUAAAACUUAUGAAUAAGGAAGGUAUUUGGGAAGACUUCGUUCUUUGUGCUGGGUAUGACAUAAAGUUACAGUGUACAGGGUGUAUAAAUAAAACAAGGCAAGAGAAAAUAACAACAUUCCAGAGGGGGUACACUUUAUCUUCUUUCCAAGAUAUUAUUCCAGCCAGAGAGGCGCCUGUGGGUGUUAUUUCUCAUGGGAAGAAACGAAACUGGCUCUGACUACAAUUUAGCAUCUCUGAACAACUUUUUGGGGUCUAGCAAUAAAAUAUUUCCUAACACAAAUAUCAUCAUAGUCCAAGAAAUGCCUGGAGAAAGGUGCCAAAAAUAUCUUAGUCGGAGCACCAGGUGAACCUCACUGGGGAGAGCAUUCUACAUGCAGGGAGCCACCAUUGAAAAAGCCCUUUUGUACCAUCCUAUAAUAAUAAUAAUAAUAAAUUUAAUCUUUGUGUCGCCUAUCUGGCCGAAACCACUCUAGGCGACGUACAACAUUAAAUUCAACAAUACAUAAUAAUACAAUACAUAAAUAAAAUACAAUGCAGUCAACAAUAACCAUUUUAAAAAGCGGCAGUACAGGGCCAUCAAUAGACAAUUUUAAAACAAUAUAAAGAAAUUAGCCCACCCCGGGGACCCCAAAGGCCUGUCCAAAGAGCCAUGUUUUUAAGGCUCGGUGAAAUGUAUCUAGGGAAGGGGCAUGGCGAAGAUCAAACAGGAGGGAGUUCCAGAGAGUGGGGGCCACCACUGAGAAUGCCCUCUCUCUAGUCCCCACCAACCUAGCUGUUUUCGUUGGUGGGACGGAGAGAAGGCCCUGCGUGGCUGAUCUGGUCGGGCGGCUUAGUUGGUGGUACUGGAGGUGCUCCUUCAGGUAAACUGGGCCGAGACCGUAUAGGGAUUUAAAGGUUAAGACCAACACCUUGAAUUGGGCCCGGAAAACAACUGGAAGCCAAUGUAGAUGAAAUAACACCGGCGUGAUGUGAUCACGGUGGCGGCUGUUUGUAAGCAGGCGUGCCGCCACAUUCUGCACCAGUUGUAGUUUCCGGACCGUUUUCAAGGGUAACCCCACGUAGAGCGCAUUGCAGUAGUCUAAUCGAGAGGUGACCAGGGCAUGUACCACCAGUGGGAGCUGAUGAAUAGGAAGGUAGGGUUGCAACCUCCGUAUGAGGUGUAGUUGAUACCAAGCUGCCCGGCUCACUGCCGAAAUCUGAGCCUCCAUGGACAGCUUGGAAUCAAGAACAACCCCGAGGCUGCGGACCUGAUCCUUCAGGGGCAAUUUUACCCCAUUAAGAUUCAGGUCAGCAACACCCAACCUUCCCCUGUCACCCACAAGUAGCACCUUGGUCUUAUCAGGAUUGAGCUUCAGUCUGUUUCUUCCCAUCCACCCACUCACGGAUUCCAGGCACUUGGACAAGGUCUCUACAGCCAACUCCGGUGAAGAUUUAAAGGAGAGAUAGAGCUGCGUGUCAUCAGCAUAUUGGUGACACCGCAGCCCAAAACCCCUGAUGAUAGCUCCCAGCGGUUUUACAUAGAUGUUAAAUAGCAUGGGAGAGAGGAUAGAACCCUGUGGUACUCCACAAGUGAGGGGCCGAGGGUCUGAAACCUCAUCUCCCAAUGCUGCCUGUUGAUGCCUGUCAGAGAGAAAGGAACGGAACCACUGUAAAACAGUGCCUCCUAUUCCUAAUCCCCCCAGGCGAUCUAACAGGAUACCGUGGUCGACGGUAUCAAAAGCCGCUGAGAGAUCCAGGAGGACAAGAAAGGUGAAUUCUCCCCUGUCUAAUGCCCUCCUCAUAUCAUCUACCAGAGCGACCAAGGCUGUUUCAGUACCAUGUCCAGUCCUGAAACCCGAUUGGUAUGGAUCUAAAUAAUCCGUUUCAUCCAAGUGUGCUGACAACUGGUUAGCCACCACUCUCUCAAUGAUCUUGCCCAAAAAUGGCAAAUUCGAAAUGGGGCGAAAGUUGUUCAAAACUUGGGGAUGUCAGUGGGAUCAUUGGAACUGCGAGAGGGGAGGUGUUGGGAAUGAUCAGAUAUUGGUGAACAACUGCUAGGCAAAUAUGAGAUGCAGUGGGAAUUUUCUCACUGAAGUGUUCCUUCAAGAAAAAAAUAAUCCAGAGGACGUUGUAAUCGGCAGACAUCUCCAGGACAGGAAUAGCAGCAAAUGCCCCAUAGGUGGAAAGGGAGUGGUGUUGGAAGGACACGGCGGGCAAAACUAGGAAUUCCAUCCACCCUCCACCACCCUCUGCAAGCAAAUGCCGUGAUCAGUAGGCUCACCAUCAAUCCUUUCCAACAUUUGACCACUGUUCAACAAUGAAUUGAAUAUACUGAGGUGAUCUUGUCAACAAUCACAAUUUGCCACAGACCCAUGAUUAAACACAAAAUGUUUGGUGAUGAUCCACUCUGAUAUGAAUAUUGGCAAGUGUGACGGCACCCCAGCCACCCACAGCCCAACCAAUCUCUGGGGAAAGAGCGUUUACCUGGCCCAGCAAAGAUAUUAGUGAUGGUGCCAGGCGGGGCUUACUGGGGAUAACAUUCCACAAGCUGGGAGCCACAACUGAAAAGGCCCUUUCCCUUGUCAUGACUCCACUACUGUGUUGGAUCAUUGGAAUUACAGGAGUGGAGAUUUGGGAAUCAUCAGAUACUGGUGAACAACACCUAGGCAGACAUGAGAUCUGGUUGGAAGAGGGAUUUUCUCACUGAAGGGUUUGUGAUUUUGUGUUUCUGCUCUUUAGUACACUUUAGUACAUUUUUAUAUAAUAUAACAAUUUGUUCUUUAUUCCUAAUCGUCAGUAAAUCAUUUGAGGAUGUCUUCUAUGAGAAUAUCUGAUAAAGAUAACAACUAGGUCUGGCUAAAAAGCAAAUAGUAUUCUGUAUUCUCUCCCCUCACAAAAAACUACAUUCCUGUCUAUGGAGGACAUUUUGCAUAUUUUUUAUGGCAUUUGCAAAUCUGGGGAAGAGACAAGGAGCUCUAGGGGUCCCUGAAACCACCACCCCACCUCUGCGGGCUGAAGCUCUGACACCUGCCUCUCUUGCAUCUCAAAUUUCACAGCCAUUGUCAGCCCACUUUCAAGGGGUCUGCUAGGCGUUAAGGACUAGGAACUUGAUGAUUUUAAAAAAGGAAGGCUGAGAGUACCUUUUUUUAUAUAUAUACCCAGCCUGUGUGUGCCAUUGAGUGAACUGAAGUGUAAUCUGCUCUCUGGGGCUGGUUCAUUUUCUAAGCAGCCAAACCUCGUGGACCAUCUUUAAAGACACACUGAAGUCAGGCGCACGUCCCCCCUUUUCACUUGGCCAGAGGUUAAAAGAGUAGAUGGACGGAAGAGCGCUUACACUCUGGAACUCCCUGCCCAUUGAUAUUAGGUAGGUCCCUUUGACGCGCUGCUAUAUUUUAUAAUGCCCAUGCCACAGUCUCCGACCUAGGAUUUGGUUUCCUUAGAAUGAAGGUCAGUGGAGGUUGUUGUGUCUUUAGGACACAUGGUUUAUUUAUAUAUAUAUUUUUUCAACCUGGCAUCAGAUGGAGGGUCUCCCAGCAUUAUCAGUCCAACAGAUCUUGCUUCCCCAUAAGGCUUUCAGGGAUGCCCCCCAAAGCCAUGGUUUCGGGUUCAGACACACAGAGAGAGCACUCACGCUCCUCUAAAGCUCUCAGCUUCACCUUGGACUAACCACCUCAUCCAAGCCAGGUGAGAGGGGGAGAGCUUCACUGGCCAUUUGUUCCCAUGGUAACGCAUGUGCUCAUAACCAAGUGUUCAGAUAUGUUAAUCCGGUCCAUCCAGACCCAAUAACUGGCAGUAGAGGUCUCUCUACUGCAGAGCCACCUCUACAGAUAACAGGCUGAAAGGAGACCGACAAAAUAUCGUCCAGAUCCUGAAAUCUGUAACAUAUCUUUUUAACUGCUGGUUUCAUUUAUAUC